CAUCAUGCUCUACCAACUGCUUCAUACUGUGCUCUCCGUCGUUGGAGUCUCAUUGAACGCGUUCAUGAUGUAUCUGGCUCUCACAAAAUCCCCGAAGAUCAUGCUUCCAUGCUCGGCAAUCAUCACGAUCAAGACCUUCACGGAUAUCCUGACAUCGGCUAUGAGCUUCUUUGUUAUGCAAAGAAUCGUCACCGACGGGUCCUCAAUCCACGUCAUCCCCACCGGACCAUGCACUCACCUCGGACCAACCGCUUGUUAUAUUGGUCACAUGUUCAUGCUAUGCUUCCUGGAGUGCAACCUGAUUUGGAUGAUCUCUUCCUACAUCUUCCGUUACUACAUCCUCUACGUCCGUGAUCCUUCCAUCAAGAGUCUUGUCUUUGUUGCAAUCUGUCUCUCCAUCCCUUCCUUCAUUCAUAUGGCUACUUGGAUUAGCAACUACGACCCAGCUGUUGCCAUCGCCAUCCCUGAAAAUGUUGGAAUAGAAGCUAGGGAUAUGGUACUUGGAGGUAAAAUCGUAACAUGGUCGGCACUCACUCUUAUAAUUCAACUCUUCAUCACCUCAAUCCUAGUUUUGAUUGCUUAUGCCUGGAUCCGGAAUACACUUUUAAGUUUUGCAGUCAAGAUGGGAUCUGACAAAAAUGAUGUUAAGAAAUUGAAUACAAGACUUGUCAAGGUGAUCAACUUCCAAGUGUUCCUCCCAUCCUUCAUUUUCUUAGGAGUAUUCGUCUUCGUCGGGAUGUUCACCCAACUGAUUGAUCCAAAGAUCUCCCAGUACCUUGUCUCAGUGUUUUUCAUGUUCUCUCCUAUCUGCUCCCCAUUCUCAUACAUUCUUUUCGUGCCCCAUUACCUAAAUGUUAUCCUCGGAAACAAGAAAGUGUCCGAAGCAAAAAGCACAACGGAAGGAUGCACAUUCCGACAUGUGAACAUGGCAGCUUCCACUUCAAAUACCCCUGAAUGCUCGGCUUGAUGGCUUUGAAUGUUCUUAAAUGACAAUGUUUCUAAAUGUUUCAAGAAUAAAACAGUUAAGA